UUCAUUGCGUUCGGUCUGCCAAGUUCCUUUGACUCCUUUAACACUUUUAACUCCAAACGACCCUUUUAGCGUUCGGUUUAGUCCGAUUAGUGACAGUUUAACACGCUUAAAUGUCAUUUAAAAGCACCCUAAAAUUUGUCCCACUCCAGCCCCUGACUAUCCGAACUCGCCUAAUAAUACAAUCCACUACUAUAUUUUUUUAUUAUACAAAGUAUUUGUGAUUUUAUUUACAAUAAUUAAUUUAUUAUAGAUGGCUCCAAAAGGAUAUAUGACUAGACGAAUACAAUUUUCAGCCUGUCACAGGUUACACAGUAUACAUUUAUCUGAUGUAGAAAAUAAACAAAUUUUUGGAAAAUGUAAUAAUUUAAACGGACAUGGGCAUAACUAUAUAGUAAAGGUGACACUAUUUGGUGAAAUUGACCCUACAACUGGAAUGAUAAUAAAUAUGACUGACUUAAAAAAAUAUAUGCAAGAAGCUAUUAUGAACCCAAUGGACCACAAAAACUUAGAUCUUGAUGUUCUUUAUUUUUCUGACAAACCAAGUACUACAGAAAACCUAACGGUCUUUAUCUGGAAUCAAAUGAAAAAAGUCAUGGAUAAAUCUGAAUUGCUUUAUGAAGUAGAGGUGCAUGAAACUGAAAAUAACAUUGUGAAAUACAGGGGAGAAUAACAAAAGUUAUGCAUUAAUAUUUAUUUAAACACUUUACAUUUAAUUAAAACUAGAUCACAGGUAUUUAAGAUAAUGAAGGUGAUAAGUUGGUGUCUAAAACAUUUGAUUUGUAUUUUAAUUUUUCUACAUUAGCUGCUCCGUUUAAUGUUUCUUCAUCUAAAAGCCGUUCUCUUCUUUGUUCUUGAAUAGAUUCUGCAAAUAGUUUUAUUUAUAGGUAAAUUA